AUGCGGUUCUUGCGCGUUGCUCCACUGCUGCCGGUCGCAGCCGCUCUCACCACCAGCGAUGCGCAUCCUCACCCAAAGCAGGUUGCCAUUAUAGGUGCUGGAGCAGCUGGCUCAUCCGCUGCCUACCAUCUUGCCCAAUACGCCGCCCAGGAGAAGAUACCUACAAACAUUACCGUAUUCGAGCGCAACGGUUAUGUUGGUGGUCGCACCACGACUGUCCAUCCGUGGGAUGACAAGACUGUUUCCAUCGAGCUUGGAGGUUCCAUCUUUGUACAAAUCAACCAAAUAAUGGUCAAGGCCAUGGAAGACUUCAACCUUUCUACAAAUGUGCGGAAUUUCGCGGAGCAACUCGACCUACCAGACCUCGGUGUUUGGAACGGCAAGGAAUUCGUUGUAAUCGUGCACUCGGGAGAUAGUUGGUGGAGCCUUGGGAAGAUGCUCUGGAGAUAUGGCACUGCACCAAUUUGGACCAACAGGCUGAUGAAAAGUGUCGUCGGCAAGUUCUUGACGAUGUACGACGAGCCGGUAUUUCCGUGGAAGAGUCUCAGUGCUACCGUUGAGAUUGUAGGUCUGCUGGAGGUCACGGGAGUCACGGGCGAACAAUACCUCAAGACGAAUGGGAUUGGAGAAGCCUUCUCGAACGAAAUCAUCCAGGCCAGCACUCGCGUCAACUACGCCUCCAACCUUCCAUACAUUCAUGGCUUGGAGACAAUGGUAUGCAUGGCUACCAACGGAGCCAUGCAAAUCGCAGGUGGAAACUGGCAGAUUUUCGCUCACAUGCUCAAGACUUCCGGCGCAAACGUCCAUCUUAACACAUCUGUCAGCCACAUCUCAAAGCAGGCCGACGGCAGUUACAAGAUUACUACUAGUGGAGGUGAAACAUCUUCUUUUGACGAGGUUAUUCUCGCAUCGCCUCUACAAUAUUCAGACCUUGUUAUCGACCCCGCGCCAAAGCACAUUCCUGAUGAGAUUCCAUACACGAAGUUAUAUACAACGCUCUUUGCGACACCAUUUCAACUCAGUCAAGCGGCUUUCAAUCUGGAUGUCAAGUCGCCCGUACCAACAGCCAUCCUCACCACCCUACCACCAUCCGAAAAAGCUGUAGACGGGGCAGGCUCUCCCAAUUUCUACAGCAUCUCGAUCACUGGCACCGGCGUUAACAAGCGAGCAUCGCCAGCCCGACACGAAUACAUCUACAAGAUCUUUUCUCCAUCCCCUGUCAACGCUACCUUUCUCUCCCACAUCCUCGGCGCAGAGGUCUCGGAAGAGGAAGCCAAGCACGGCGAAGCCAAUGGAAAUGUUAGCUGGAUCCACCACAAGCUUUGGCAUUCGUAUCCUCGAGAAUACCCACGUGUCACUUUUGAAGAAAUUGAGCUCGACGAUGGACUUUGGUAUACUAGUGGCAUUGAGAGCUUCAUUAGCACCAUGGAAACUAGUGCUUUGAGUGGCAAGAAUGUUGCUAAGCUGAUUGCGAAUGGAUGGGCGACUGGCUCGGAGACGAACCAAGAGGAAGUGUACCAGGCAGAGUUGUAA